AACACUCAACUUUCUUCUUUAUCAUUUAAUUUACUUCAUAUUAAUCCAUUCCUGGUUCUUGUAAGAUGGAAUUGGACACUAUAAAUACGAGUAUAGGACCAGCACGCUGCUAGCCAACAACACCAGACACAGUUGUAGCUCCUGAUCAUCAUAAGGGACUUCACAGCUUCAGCUUUCUCUUUCUUCUUUGUUUCUCUAGCCAUAUAUCUGUUUCAUACCAACUUAAGCACGAUGGUGUUAGAAACUAAGAGGCUUUCAUCAGCCAUGAACGCUAAAAUUGUGGGCACAGGGAGUCAGUCCAUAGUCCUAGCUCAUGGCUAUGGAGGAGACCAGUCUGUCUGGGACAAAGUCCUUCCUUACUUGGCUCAACAUUACAGCGUUCUUGUUUUCGACUGGACCUUUUCGGGUGCUGCCAAGGACUCCAACCUCUUUGAUCCUGCCAAAUAUUCGUGCUACGAUGAUUUUGCUCAUGACUUGAUUGCUCUCUUGGAUGAACUUAACUUGAAAUCCUCAGUCUAUGUUGGCCACUCCAUGUCUGCUAUGGUUGGAUGCAUUGCUUCCAUCAAGAGACCUGACCUCUUUAGCAGCCUCAUACUCAUUGGAGCUUCUCCUAGGUAUUUGAAUACAGAUGACUAUGAAGGUGGAUUUGGGAGUUCAGAUAUUAAGCAAAUCAUCUCAAGCAUAGAAUCCAACUUCCAUAACUGGGCCGCUCACUUUGCUUCCGUUGUUGUGGACUCAAAGGAUCCUCUCUCUGUUGACAAGUUUACCAAGUGCCUGCAAAAAAUGAGACCUGAAGUUGCAGUUUCUGUAGGAAAAAUAGUCUUUUACAGUGACGAAAGAGACACACUUGACAAUGUCUCAACUCCAUGCACUAUCAUCCACACCAGCAGUGACAUUGUCUCUCCAAAAUCGGUCGCGGUUUACAUGCAGAAGAAAAUCAAGGGAAACCCCAAAGUGGAGAUUAUAAAUACUAAUGGCCAUUUCCCACAGUUAACUGCACACAAUGAGCUUCUUGAUGUGCUAGGACUCAUCUUGGGGGUUGAAUUUGAUCUUGAUCAUUAACCAAGAUUGGAAAUAUUAUCAUGCUGAUUAUGAGGUAGAUGAGUAAUUUCUUAUACUCCCUGUCCUCUUUGUAUUAAGUUUUCUUUUGGAGAGGUAGCAUGCUAGCUGUAGUUCUUAGAAUAAUACGAAGGCCAGUCAUAUAUAUGCAUAUUUCAGAUGGCCUCGUCUUUUAUGUUAUAUUAUGUCAAGCAUCAUUCCAUGAAAUAUAAAUUGU